CCAUCACCACAGCCUUCAUCACAAAGCUGCUGCAGAUCGAGAGGAUGCGGGCUGGAAUUGAAAGCGGAUGAGUGACUUUAGGAACACGAAGAUAUCGCGGUAGGCUACUUGGGAAGAGUUUGGAAAACAAACGCAUACACGUCUGUGUGGGUGCUGAACGACACAUAGGCUACGCACGUGAAGCCUCCAAAACCGGAUUGGGACUGGCGAGAACUGGAACCCUUUUUUCUCAACUUUUUUUUAGAUUUUAAAAUGAUUGGCUUGUUAUGGCCAUCCUGGCUCCUCACUGACGUCAAGUCCUCAACAUGUGACAUGAUAAUAUGAAAGCAUCGAGGGGUUGCCUUGUUUCGACGCAGCGUGAUGGAACUACAGAAGCCCAUAUGAAGUCUAACUUUUUUAAGAUCCAUUCUUCCUGGAAAUGGCAAGUCGUGCCAUAUUGAUGGAGCGGACAGCGGUUUUGAUAUGCAGCGUAUUGAUCCUAAUCCUCGGUGUAUGUGUCGGAUCUCCUAACCACAGCCGUCGGCUGGUCUGCUGGAAAGCCAUCCUGAAGUGCCACGGAGAGCCGGAGUGCCAUUACGCGUAUGAUCAGUACCUUUAUGCCUGCGCCUCUGUCAUCAGUGGGGACCGUAAGAAGUGCCCCAGCCACUGCAUAUCCUCUCUCAUUCAGCUCAAUCUGACCCGAAGCGGCCCGGCUCUGGAGGACUGCGACUGCGCCCUCGACCCGGUGUGCAGAAGCACCAAACAAGCCAUCGAGCCGUGCCUGCCGCGGACCAGCACCGUGGGCUGCACCGAGGCCCGGCGCCAGUGCGAGAUGGACCAGUCUUGUAGCUCUGCCAUGAGGGAUUAUUUAUAUCACUGCCGAAAACUUUUCGGAGGGGAAAGGUGCUCUGACGGGUGCCGCAGAGUGAUCGCCAACAUGCGCUCCAUACCGAAAGCGCAACAGCUAGACACUUGUGUGUGCGACGGCACGGAGAGGAACAUAUGCGAGUAUAUAAAAGUCAGCAUGAAAACGUUCUGCUCCGAUCCUAGUGAUAGGUUCGCGGGAAGCGGCUUUUCAGACGCCGAGGACGACUCUGACGACGAGUACAUCGACCAGGAGGAUUAUCAAUAUGUGGAAAACUCAAGUGGCUCCCCACUUUGUCAUACUGUCCUAAAUGUCCUGACCACCAUUUUGGUUUUGACCAAAUUUAUCUGAAAAGCCGCUGCCAUUGAGGGCAGCUAGAAAGUCAGUGGUUUUGCUCUUUGUGAAUCAAAAACAAUCAAGAAUCUGUCUGCAAAAAUGGCCAUUUGGGACUUUUUUCAAUUCAACACGUUCUGCUACACAUCUGCACAGGUUCACACACACACACACACACACACACACACACACACACACACACACACACACACACACACACACACAUGCUGUUUGUAAAUCACUCAGUAGCAUAGCAUAUGUUAUAUUUCAGUUACAAAAUGUUAGUCAUCUGAUAAUGCUGAAGGGAGCCUAUUUUUUUUGUAUGUCAGCUUUUUAAAGAUAGAUUGUACAGUAUAUUGUAUAAAAAAAGUAUUUUUGUCCAAAUAUUUGUUUAUAUUGUGACAAGAGAUUUGCACUGUAAUAAUAGGUAAGUCCCACUCUUUCACUGCGUUAUGACCACAGAGGAAAAUGUUUAUUCUAAGGGUGCCUAAAAGUCUUAAAAACUGGGUUUAUUCACCAUGAUGUGACCAUAUCAGAGACGUGCUGUUAUAGCAGAGCAAUUUUCUUCACCAGCUUGUACAGAGACUUUCUCCACAACCCCUUCAUUAAAAACCAAAGUUGAUAUAAGCCACUAAAAUGCGUCUAAGAUCCCAGGGCAGAUAAUGCAUCUGAAACAAGAAGCUUGUACGACUGGUACACUUGACCUUGUAAACAUGGAUGUUUGUGUAAAGUAUAAAGUGUUAAGCCUUGAAAACUGUUCAAACAGACAAGGUAAACUCCUCCUCUUGGGGAUUUGCAGCAGAUUUGUUAGGCCAGUUUGUUUAUCCUCACCCUGUGUGUUUGUCAGAAGUCUUUACAAAGACAACUGAGAGGGGGAAAAAAGAUGUCUGUGUUCGGGUGAGUGGAGAUAUUAGGUGCCCAUUAAGAACACACUCCUCUGUAUGUACAUGCACAUUAAAUAAAGAAGAGUUUUAAAACGA